AUGUCUUUUGAACUGACUGAAAUAGAUUCAACCAAUAAUAUGUCGUGUGUAUUAACUGAAUUAAAUGCAAAUGAAAUGCCUGUUGAGAUGACCAAAAGAGCAUCAAACCGCCUAGCUAGAGAGCGUUAUAUGCAAAAAAUGGCUCAAACUGUUAGAAAGUCAGCUAGUGAAAACAUAGAAA